CCCCGUAUCCAGAGGUAUUCAUGCAGCGAAGACAACGAGUUGGGACUCCCCGGCUGUACAUUAUCUCGGACUUUAUUUCUGGCGUCAAGCUUGCGCAUGUAUGGAACGACCCUUCCUGGUGGACCGGGGCGAGAAGGAAGGAAGUGCUACUUCAAAGAUGCAAGCCCGACCAUAUGGCCGCCGAGCAACUAGAGGUCGACUAGAUAGGCAUUUCGUC